CCCCACGCGCCAGACCCGGGGCAGGAGUCCGUCCCGGACGCGGCUUCGGGGAGAAGAUCACGUUGUAGCAGCUACUCCUGAAGGUCGAAAGCCUCUUAGCUGCGCAGGGAAGGAGGAGAGAGACGGCAUCCCCAGGAGCUCGGGGCUUCCCAGGGCUUUGGACCCUGACGAUGGGGCGGCCUUGGAGGCCUCCUCCGUGAUCUGCAGCCCAGGGCAGAGCAAGCGCCCUUCUCCCACCCCCGGGGCCAUCAGCUUCUUCUCUGCCCACCCACAGAGCCAACCUGUCACGGCUACCGUGGCCCCCUUCCAGUACAGAUCGCAGACUGACCAGGAGCCUGGACCCCGGCCUCAGAGGAGCGGCGCCUUUGAGGGCCGCUCUGGACCCCCUGACGGGCCUGACGAGCGCUUGUGCAUGGUGCCUGCAGACGCGCGGAUCGUCCAUGCGCUCCUCGCCGGCAGAAUGUUGGGCAGCAGCGUCAAGAGCGCGCAGCCCGAGGUGGAGCUGAGCGGCUGCGGCGCGGACGAGGGCGCGGACGAGCCCCGGGGAGCGGGCAGGAAGGCGGCGGCGGCGGACGGUAGAGGCAUGCUGCCCAAACGCGCCAAGGCGCCGGGCGGCGGCGGCGGCAUGGCCAAAGCCAGCGCGGCCGAGCUGAAGGUCUUCAAAUCGGGCAGCGUGGACGGCCGGGUGCCCGGCGGGCCGCCCGCCUCCAACCUGCGCAAGCAGAAAUCGCUCACCAACCUCUCGUUCCUCACCGACUCUGAGAAGAAGAUGCAGCUGUACGAGCCCGAGUGGAGCGACGAUAUGGCCAAGGCGCCCAAGGGCUUGGGCAAGGCGGGGGCCAAGGGCCGCGAGGCCCCGCUCAUGUCCAAGACCCUGUCCAAAUCGGAGCACUCGCUCUUCCAGGCUAAGGGUAGCCCGGCCAGCGGCGCCAAGACCCCGCUGGCCCCGCUCGCGCCCAGCCUGGGAAAGCCCAGCCGGAUCCCGCGCGGCCCGUACGCCGAGGUCAAGCCGCUCAGCAAGGCGCCCGAGGCGGCCGUGAGCGACGACGGCAAGUCGGACGACGAGCUGCUGUCCAGCAAGGCCAAGGCGCAAAAGGGCUCCGCGCCCGCGUCAGCCGCCAAAGGCCAGGAGGAGCGCGCCUUCCUCAAGGUGGACCCAGAGCUGGUGGUGACCGUGCUCGGAGACCUGGAACAGCUGCUUUUCAGCCAGAUGCUGGACCCCGAGUCCCAGAGAAAGAGAACCGUGCAGAAUGUUCUGGAUCUUCGGCAGAACCUGGAGGAGACCAUGUCCAGCCUCCGUGGCUCCCAGGUGGCGCACAGCUCCCUGGAGAUGGCCUGCUACGACAGCGACGACGCCAACCCCCGCAGCGUGUCCAGCCUCUCCAACCGCUCGUCGCCGCUCUCCUGGCGCUACGGCCAGUCCAGCCCGCGGCUGCAGGCAGGGGACGCGCCGUCGGCGGGCGGCAGCUGCCGCUCCGAGGGGCCGCCCGCCUGGUACAUGCACGGCGAGCGCGCCCACUACUCGCACACCAUGCCCAUGCGCAGCCCCAGCAAGCUCAGCCACAUCUCCCGCCUGGAGCUGGUCGAGUCCCUGGACUCGGACGAGGUGGACCUCAAGUCUGGCUACAUGAGUGACAGUGACCUCAUGGGCAAGACCAUGACGGAGGACGACGACAUCACUACAGGCUGGGAUGAGAGCAGCUCCAUCAGCAGUGGCCUCAGCGAUGCAUCCGACAACCUCAGCUCAGAGGAGUUCAAUGCCAGCUCGUCACUCAACUCCCUCCCAACGACUCCCACUGCCUCUCGCCGGAACUCCACAGUAGUGCUACGCACGGACUCGGAGAAGCGCUCGCUCGCAGAAAGUGGGCUGAGCUGGUUUAGUGAGUCGGAGGAGAAGACCCCCAAAAAGCUGGAGUACGACAGCGGCAGCCUGAAGAUGGAGCCCGGGACCUCGAAGUGGCGGCGGGAGCGGCCCGAGAGCUGUGAUGACGCCUCCAAAAUCGGGGAACUGAAAAAGCCCAUCAGCCUGGGCCACCCCGGUUCCCUGAAGAAGGGCAAGACACCGCCCGUGGCCGUCACCUCCCCCAUCACGCACACAGCCCAGAGCGCCCUCAAAGUCGCAGGCAAACCUGAAGGCAAAGCCCCCGACAAGGGGAGGCUGGCGGUCAAGGGCUCGGGCCUCCAGCGUUCCUCCUCGGACGCCGGCCGCGAUCGCCUGAGCGAGGCCAAGAAGCCCCCCUCGGGCAUCGCCCGCCCAUCCACCUCAGGGUCCUUUGGCUACAAGAAGCCACCUACUGCCACGGGCACCGCCACCGUCAUGCAGACGGGGAGCUCGGCCACGCUCAGCAAGAUCCAGAAGUCCUCGGGCAUCCCCGUCAAGCCAGUGAACGGACGCAAGACCAGCUUAGACGUGUCCAACAGCGUGGAGCCUGGCUUCCUGUCCCCCGGAGCCCGCUCCAACGUCCAGUACCGCAGCCUGCCCCGGCCGGCCAAGUCCAGCUCCAUGAGCGUGACCGGGGGCCGGCCCGGCCCCCGCCCCGUGAGCAGUAGCAUCGACCCCAGUCUGCUGAGCACCAAGCAGGCAGGCCUCACCCCCUCCCGGCUGAAGGAGCCCUCCAAGGUGGCCAGUGGCCGGACCACCCCCGCCCCCGUCAACCAGACGGAUCGGGAGAAGGAGAAGGCCAAGGCCAAAGCAGUGGCCUUGGAUCCAGACAGCAUCUCCCUGAAGACAGUUGGCUCCCCCGAGAGCACGCCCAAGAACCAGCCCAGCCACCCGGCGGCCCCCAAGCUGGCGGAGCUCCCACCCACCCCUCUCAGGGCCUCGUCCAAGAGCUUUGUCAAGCCUCCCUCGCUGGCCAAUCUCGACAAGGUCAACUCCAACAGCCUGGACCUGCCCUCGUCCGCCGACGGCCACACCGCCAAGGUCCCCGAGCUGCACGCUCCUGGCGCGGCCGCCGGCGGCCCGCUCACUUCCUGCUUCACGCCCAGCCCCGCGCCCAUCCUCAACAUUAACUCGGCCAGCUUCUCCCAGGGCCUGGAGCUCAUGAGUGGCUUCAGCGCCCCCAAAGAGAGCCGCAUGUACCCCAAGCUCUCAGCCCUGCACAGGAGCAUGGAGUCCCUGCAGAUGCCCAUGAGCCUGCCCAGUGCCUUCCCCAGCAGCACCCCCGUCCCCACCCCCGCCGCGCCCCCCGCCGCCCCCCCGGAGGAGGAGACAGAGGAGCUGACGUGGAGUGGCAGCCCCAGGACCGGGCAGUUGGACGGUAGUCAGCGGGAUCGGAACACCCUGCCCAAGAAAGGACUCAGGUACCAGCUGCAGCCGCAGGAGGAAGCCAAGGAGCGGCGCCACUCCCACACCGCCGGGGGGCUGCCCGAGUCGGACGACACGGCGGAGCUCCUGUCGCCCCCCGCGCUGUCCGUGUCACUGAGUGCCAAGGGCCAGCUCACCAACAUAGUGAGUCCCUCUGCGGCCACCACGCCGAGAAUCACCCGCUCCAACAGCAUCCCCACCCACGAGGCGGCCUUCGAGCUGUACAGCGGCUCCCAAAUGGGGAGCACCUUGUCCCUGGCCGAGAGACCCAAGGGGAUGAUCCGGUCAGGAUCCUUCCGAGACCCCGCGGACGAUGUUCACGGCUCGGUGCUGUCUCUGGCCUCCAGUGCCUCCUCCACCUACUCCUCAGCUGAGGAGAGGAUGCAGUCUGAGCAAAUCCGAAAGCUUCGCAGAGAACUGGAGUCCUCCCAGGAGAAAGUGGCCACACUGACGUCUCAGCUCUCUGCCAACGCGAAUCUAGUGGCGGCCUUUGAGCAGAGCCUGGUGAACAUGACAUCCCGCCUGCGGCACCUGGCAGAGACAGCAGAGGAGAAGGACACUGAGCUCCUGGACCUGCGGGAAACCAUCGACUUCCUGAAGAAGAAGAACUCAGAGGCGCAGGCUGUCAUUCAGGGAGCCCUUAACGCCUCAGAAGCCACCCCCAAAGAGCUUCGGAUCAAGAGACAGAACUCCUCAGACAGCAUCUCGAGCCUCAACAGCAUCACCAGCCAUUCCAGCAUUGGCAGCGGCAAGGACGCUGAUGCAAAGAAGAAGAAAAAGAAGAGUUGGCUCCGAAGCUCCUUCAACAAAGCCUUCAGCAUCAAAAAGGGCCCCAAGUCUGCUUCCUCCUAUUCAGACAUCGAGGAGAUCGCCACCCCCGACUCCUCGGCGCCCUCCUCCCCCAAGCUCCAGCAUGGCUCCACCGACACAGCCUCGCCCUCCAUCAAGUCCUCCACCUCGUCCUCCGUGGGCAUCGAUGCCACCGAGGCCCCUGCUCACCCAGCCCCCCACACGCGGCUGUUCCAAGCCAACGAGGAGGAGGAGCCCGAGAAGAAGGAGGUGUCGGAGCUGCGUUCAGAACUGUGGGAGAAGGAGAUGAAGCUGACGGACAUCCGCCUGGAAGCCCUCAACUCAGCCCACCAGCUGGACCAGCUUCGGGAGACCAUGCACAACAUGCAGUUGGAGGUGGACCUGCUGAAGGCGGAGAAUGACCGGCUGAAGGUCGCCCCGGGCCCCUCGGCGGGCUCCACUCCAGGGCAGGUCCCUGGGUCAUCUGCGCUGUCCUCCCCACGCCGCUCCCUGGGCCUCACCCUCACCCAUUCCUUCAGCCCCAGCUUGACAGACACAGACCUCUCGCCCAUGGAUGGCAUCAGCACGUGUGGUUCCAAGGAGGAGGUGGUUCUUCGGGUGGUGGUGCGGAUGCCCCCACAGCAUAUCAUCAAGGGGGACCUGAAACAGCAGGAGUUCUUCCUGGGGUGCAGCAAGGUCAGCGGGAAGGUGGACUGGAAGACGCUGGAUGACUCCGUUUUCCAGGUGUUCAAGGACUAUAUUUCCAAGAUGGACCCAGCCUCCACGCUGGGCCUGAGCACCGAGUCCAUCCACGGAUACAGCCUCAGCCACGUGAAACGGGUGUUGGACGCAGAGCCCCCGGAGCUGCCUCCCUGCCGCCGAGGGGUCAAUAACAUUUCUGUUUCCCUCAAAGGUCUGAAGGAGAAGUGCGUGGACAGCCUGGUGUUCGAGACGCUGAUCCCCAAGCCCAUGAUGCAGCACUACAUCAGCCUCCUGCUCAAGCACCGGCGCCUCGUCCUCUCGGGCCCCAGCGGCACGGGCAAGACCUACCUGAGCAAUCGCCUGGCCGAGUACCUGGUGGAGCGCUCGGGCCGCGAGGUCACGGAGGGCAUCGUCAGCACCUUCAACAUGCACCAGCAGUCUUGCAAGGACCUGCAGCUGUAUCUCUCCAACCUGGCCAAUCAGAUCGACCGGGAAACCGGGAUUGGUGAUGUUCCCUUGGUGAUCCUGCUGGAUGACCUGAGUGAAGCAGGCUCCAUCAGCGAGCUGGUCAAUGGGGCCCUCACCUGCAAGUACCACAAAUGCCCCUAUAUCAUAGGCACCACCAACCAGCCUGUAAAAAUGACCCCCAAUCAUGGCUUGCACUUGAGUUUCAGAAUGCUGACCUUCUCCAACAAUGUGGAACCGGCCAACGGCUUCCUGGUCCGUUACCUGCGGAGGAAGCUGGUGGAGUCGGACAGCGACAUCAAUGCCAACAAGGAGGAGCUGCUGCGGGUGCUCGACUGGGUGCCCAAGCUGUGGUACCAUCUCCACACCUUCCUGGAGAAGCACAGCACUUCCGACUUCCUCAUCGGCCCGUGCUUCUUUCUGUCCUGUCCCAUUGGCAUUGACGACUUCCGGACCUGGUUCAUUGACCUGUGGAACAACUCCAUCAUCCCCUACCUACAGGAAGGAGCCAAGGAUGGCAUCAAGGUCCAUGGACAGAAGGCCGCCUGGGAGGACCCUGUGGAGUGGGUCCGGGACACCCUCCCCUGGCCAUCAGCCCAACAGGACCAGUCCAAGCUGUAUCACCUGCCCCCGCCCACCGUGGGCCCGCACAGCAUCGCCUCCCCUCCUGAGGACAGGACAGUCAAAGACAGCACCCCAAGCUCCUUAGACUCAGACCCUCUCAUGGCCAUGCUGCUGAAACUUCAAGAAGCUGCCAAUUACAUCGAGUCUCCAGACCGAGAAACCAUCCUGGACCCCAACCUUCAGGCCACGCUCUGAGGAUGUAGCCACACUGUCACCCCGGACAGGACCACAGAGUGCUGACAUCAGCCACGUGAACGCCUCCUCUCUGGCUCUCCGGCACAGGGGGAGACCAGGAGGGUGGAGGAGGUGCAGGAAAAGGGGCGGGUUCUUGGUGCUGCACCUUUAGGACUUGGAGUAAGGAUUGAUGGGGUGGAGUUUGGGACCGUGUGUUCCUUAGACAUAUUUGCUGGCCUCCUCUCUUGGACUGGGGGCAAAGAUGAUUCUGGGUCUUUCCCCUUGAUUUCUUCUGUCAGUUGCAAACUCCUGGGCUUUCUGGGGAGGACUUCCGAAGACACAGGGAAAAACCUCGCAGCAGUCCCCAGUUCUCGAGAGCAGCCCUGAGACAGUCCUGCGUGUGGAAGUCGGCUGGGGAGGUGGAACCUUCAGAUUUCCUCGGAUCCUCCAUCAUCACUGCCGACUUUCCCCCAGAGAGCUGGGUGAAGCCCCAACAAAAAGAAGCAUGUGGUUUAAAAAAAAAAUGUUUAAAGCAAUCCGUAAAAGUCUUUUUUAAAAAAUGGAAAAGAUGAAACUGGAGAGAAGGGAACCAGCAGCCAAGGGAGGGUGUGCCGCCUCCCCCCAGCCCCCCAACCUCUGGGUGACGUAGGGGACGCUGACAAGACAGCUGCCAUUAGAAGAUGUUGCCAAACCACAAGAAGAACAUCCCGGCCUUCCAAGACGGCGAGCUCUCACACCCUCUAAUUUAACGCACCCGAGAGUCAAUAAACCCUACUUCUUAGAUAUAUAUAUAUAUUUUUAAUUUUGGUUUUUGGUUUUAUUUCCUUUUUUUCCUCCCAUAUGCCUAUUUAUUUUCCUUUUCCUUCUGUUUUUGCUUUUCCAACCCUCUUUUCUCACAUGUCCCCAGAGGCUGAAAUUGUUGCUUCUCUGACGUGAGCUGGUUUGGCUUUUCCAAGUGGGUUUUCUUUGGAGACCCCAGUGGCAUCUAACUGGCGGAAGCCACUUAUCUUCCAGCCACUGUCUCUGACUGACCCUGUGAGCUUUCCUGCGACGUGGACUCGGAAGCAGUGGGAGAAGCCGAACGCUGACUUCCCUUUCGAGAAAGCACACGUUCUCCUGACGCUUGCUGUCUGCUUCCCGUGUGCAAGCAUGUCACCCUGUCUUGGGACAAGAUCGAAUCUGAGCUCCACCGGGGACCAGAGGAAGCCAGGAAGCUCAAACUGUUCCUCCAUCACAGGGCUCUGCCCUGCGUGUUUCUGAUGACAGCUUCUGCUCACUAAUCCUAAUCCCUCCCGAGGUUCCUACCUGUUGUUGACAAGUGGACACCCACAGAGCCUGGGCAUCCUGGGGAGAAGUCCCAAUCUGAACAGAAGGCUCUCAGAGCUCCACCUGGGGACAAGCCCCUGCUUUCCAAAGGUUUCCUGCUUUUUCAGAAGUUACACUCAAGUCUGGCCAUCUCAGUUCCUCCAUUCAGCAGGUACUUGGCAGUACGUACUGCCACCUGGUCUUAAAAAUGCUUGGGCCCUAAAUUCCCAGCCUAGAGGGAAUGCAUCUUAUUUUGUAGACCUUCAGGUCAUCUGAGAAAUAAGCCUGAGCCCAUAGGAGACAGCAGGAGGGAAGUGUCUCAUUGGAUGAUCAGUACCUGGGCCAGCACAGACGGAAACUGAAGGGCAAUGUUAAUUGGGAAACCUGAUUCCUGCCAUUUCUGAAGUCCCCAAUGGAGCCAGGUCCAGGUCAGGCUGCUGGGUCAGGCUUUAUUUCCAGGGCUCCACAGAUCAGAGGUGAGUCUGUGCUCCCCACACUUCUAGGGAACCCCCUGAUCUGCAUUAAUUGGCGCAUUCGCUGGAAUCAGCCUGCUGCUGUGCAGCCAAGGAGCCAUUCGCCCGACUCUGCACAUCGGAAUACUUAAGUCCAAGAGGUGUUCUGGAUCGCUCCCUAAAAGCAUCUGUGUAUUCACCUGCUAGCUCUCGGGAGUAACAGGGUCCUCAAGGCUGGAGACAUUCCUUGCUAUUGCUGCUAUUUCCGUGAGCUGUGAAGAUUCCCCCACCAACUCAGCGGUCAAAUAUGCAAUGCAGGGUGGAAAGUGGCCGUGCGUCCCAGGAUGGUGCUGAAAUCACUGCCUUAUGGUCCCAGCGGUGCAGGAGGAGGCCCCGAGCUGGCUGUUUAAACAUAGAUGUGGGGCCUCUGGAUUCAGGCCUCUGAGUCCUUAGCUCCAGUCCCGUGACAAGGCUCAGAUUUGUCAUGCCAUCUUAAUCAGGUGGUUGAGCCCUUAACUCUUUUCUGGUGCUGCCCAGCCAGUGCCUUGGGUCACGAGUGUCACUGGCUCCUCAAGUAAAAGAGAAGGGGAGAACCUUCCUCCGUUCCAUCUGCCUCUGAUCCUGGAAGGGAUUCUUGUCUCUAGGAUACCCUGGGUACCACUGGGAAUGGGAUUGGAAUCCUUAGUAGCUGGGUUUCGGAGGCACGUCACACAUUUUCAUCUCUGUUCCUGGGACCCGCCACCCUCUCUUCUUGACUGCUGCCUCAGCCCAGGUGUCUGGGGGCUCUCCUCCUUCUCAUCUAAGGAGAGGGCGUCAUAACCUCAGCUUUCCCGCUGGAGUCUGGGACCCUGUUUACAGUUGCUCCCCUGGGCCCCUCACUGUGGGGAUCAGUCAUCUCACCACGGAAUUCUGGCUUGAUGGCCUGCAGACGGCUGAGCAUCUUCAUGGUGCUAUAACCUCUCGGGAUGCUCAUCCCAGCAGAACACCUGAGCACGCUCUCACUGCCCCGGAAGUAAUGGCAAGAGCAACAUCAUUGCCUGCUCUCCCACAGCGCACACGCUUCCUGGUUGACGCCUCUGGGAUCUCUCCCCAGACGUCAACCCUGGGUCCCACAGCCACAUCCUCAACCUGCAGACUCCAUCAGAAGACUCCCAGCCCAUGUCAGACUGGAAUCCGUGCUCGUUCCUUCUCUCCAGCACGCCCAUCCCCACCCCAACUCCUCACCAAAGCUGGCUCCCAGGUGACAUGGUUCAACUCCCAACAUCAGCCAGUGGGGGGCGCCGCCUUCCCGGGAGAGGCUUCUUGUCACAUCCCUCUCAUUUCUGGGUGGAGAAGACCAGUGUUCUGUCUGGUUGAUCCGUUUCUCAAUCCCUGCCUAGGCACUUAAGGAAAAAAAAAAAAAGAAUACUAGGUCAUUGGAACCUAAUAUGGAACGUGACAUGGGUGUGUAUGUGUGCGUGUGCUUGUGCGUGAGCAUGUGUGUGUGUGUGUGUGUGUGUGUGUGUGUGUGUGUUCACCCUUGCUCUUCUCAUAAGAGCCACUUGCUUUUUUUUUGUUUUUUUAUCUUCUGAGGCUUCACUGAGUAUUUUUUAAGACAUCUAUGCUUUGUGGCAGCUCUCUGGUGCUUCUCUCUGUCUUUGUGUCAGCUCAGGCUUGGGAAGCUAGAGGCUGGCAGGGAAGGAAAAUGUAAUAAACAACAACCAGAGAGAGUGAGUCCUUCUUGGUGAGUAGGCUUAAGUUGGGCACUACCAGCCUUCUAACUAAUCCCUCCAUAUCCUUGCGGUCUUAAGAUAACAGGGGAGUUUUCUUUCUUACCUUCUGUUUCCCCUGCUCCGUUAAACUCCAGCUGUGCCUAAUCUCAUCAUCUCUUCACUCCUGGCUUGCCAAGACAAGGAUCCCACUAUUUGUGGUUUGAGAGACAGCGAUUCCCUGCCAUAGGCCAGGAGAGCCGGGAGACAGCAGUGCAUGCCUGCUGCUUCUCCCAGACCUCCCCUCUCCGCCUGGCACGGUGCUCACGUGCAGUCAGAUUUGCCCAGCUGGAAGUGGGGACUUGGUUCGACAAAGCAGGGCUGAGCAGAGAGUGACAGAUGUCUUUAAGGUGCUUUCUGACAGGUUUGGGAGGAGAAAUCACUCUUGUCGUAAUGUCACACUGAACAGAGUUCCCGUGUAAAGGAAUUGAGAUCACCAGGUCUAGCUCCUUAGUGUGCUUUUUUUCCCUGCUUUAUUCCCAGGCUAAACUGAAGCCAUUAUGUCAACUUUAUAAGGAAACCCCAGUGAUGGGCUGAGUUGUACUUUUGCAGAGUUUCCUAACACUCAUGGAAUGCUGGUACAUUCUUGUAGAUAAGAACCACUCACUAGGUAGGUCUGGUUCAGAGAUGUAAGGAAUAAAAUGGUCUUAGAACACUAUGUUCCCAAAAGACCUAAAAAAGUGCUGCCCUUUAUAACCAAAGAGGCUUAGGUAUGCAUGAGUCCUGAAUCAGCCUGCUAAGGGAUAGAUGGAGUCAGCAUCUUGGUUCUCCCCACUAUCAAGAAUUUCAGCCUCGCCCUGAAAGCCAGCACUGCCAGCCACAACCUUGGGAAAGAUGGACAUAAAGUGAAACUGAUAAUGUCUCAGAGUAAGGUGCCCAGAGCAGGGAGACAAUUACAAUAGAAAAUAAAAUUGAAGGGUCAGGGAUGUACCUCAGCGCUUCCCUUGUAUGUGUCAGACCCUGGGUUCAAGAUCUGACACCGCAAAAUAAAUGAAAAAGUUUAUAUAUAUUGGAUUCUCCUAGUUUAACGUUUCACACACAUACCUAUGUGUAUAUGGCUUGGAGCCGUAGUGCUCAGGGAUCACUCCUGGCGGGGCACAGGGGACAAUAUGGGAUGCCAGGGAUCAAACCUGGGUCAGAUUAUUUCUAAGGCAAGCACCCUGCCCACUGGUCUAUGUCUUCACCUUCUUGGCUGGUUUUUGGGCGACCUGUUUUGGGGUUUCUCCCAGCUCAGUGCUCAAGGAUUUCUCCCAGUGGUGCCCCGGGAACCAUAUUUGGUGUGGAACUGAGAGCUCCUACAUGCAAAGCCUGUAUCCCAUCAAGCACUUUGCUUAAAGAUAAUACUGUGGAGAACUUGGCAUGACAGUGGGCAUGAAAGUACAUGAAAUCUACUUGGUUUCUUGGGCCAUCUCUUUUUUAUUUUUGUUUGUUUAUUUGAGGGCCAGACCUGGCAUUACCCAGGCCUUCUUCCUGGCUGUGUUCACUGGUCACUCCUGACACUGCUUGGGGGACCACAUGUAGUACCGGGGAUUCCAGUCAGGAUUGGCUGUGUGCAAUGCAGGUGUCUUACCCCCUGAGUUCUCUCCAGCCUGUCUUGGUUCAUUUCUUUUCUUUUUCUUUGUUUUAUUUUGUUUUGAAUUUUGGGCCACGCCUGGCAGCGUUCAGGGUUUACUCCUGACUCUGUGCUCAGAAAUCAUGCCCAGCAAGGCUUGGAUGGACCCUAUGGGGUACUGAGGAUUGAAACUGUGUGGCCUCAUGCGAGGCACACGCCCUUGUCACUCUGCUUUUGGUCCGUUUCUUAAAGCAGAAGUUACAUAUUGUAGAUCAGCAGCAUCUGGGAACAUAUUAAAAUGAAACUCCGGGGUCCAAGGCUGUGGCUUAGUGUUGAGGGCACGAGCUUUAUACAGGUGAGACCUGGGCUUGAAUCCCUGAUAGCGCAAAAGAAAAAAAGGAAGAAAAAUUCCCAGGCCCUUUUCCAGACCUCCUAAGUCCGAAGCUCCGGGUAGGGCCCCAGAGUCCGGGUUCUCACAAAACUCUUGACCAUUCUGCUGAACACUGUUGGUGAUUUAAAGGGAAAACAAGUCUCUGAGCCCCCUCAGCGAGGGGCUGUCGGCCACAAACAAUUCUAGAUGCGAUGUCAGACAUUUUAGCAUUCAUCUCAGACCCUUCUGAGGCUUCCCUCUGGCUCCACUCUCCUUUAAUUUCACGUGGAAAGACCCGAGCCUUGGGGGCAUGGGGGGUCAGCUUCGCUUCCUCACAGAAUUCACCAAACCCUCCCGGCUCAGAGCUUCAGGCUGCAAGCUGAGGGGCUUCCACAAAGAAAAGCAGUUGGAGGUCUCUUCCCGGCUCUCUUCGGCUGGAUUAUUUUUGUCUACGCUGAGCCUUUUUCUCAUUAUGUAACAGGAUGAAAAAAGUAUAAAAAAAAAAUUCAAUUUGUGUUUCCAUGCCAACUUGUUCUCCCAGUUUCUCCCUUUCUCCCUGAGUUCCAAAGGGCCCUGCAGGGCUUGCAAGCCUGGCCAGGAUCUUCCUCCCCCAGCAGCUGAGGUGGGGCCCAGCCUCUGCCUUCAGCUCAGCUCCCUGGAGAAGAUUCCAGGUUGGGCACCAAAUCCUUACCUCCUGAUUUCCCCACACCAGGUCCUGCAGAGCACCUGAAACCCUUAAGCAAAUCUGAUUGCCACUUCACAGCUUUCCAGGCUCACUCUCUAGCUGAUGGGGCAGUGAAGGAAAACCUGCUGACAGGUGGUUUUGUUUCUGGUUCAUUCAUUUCCCUCAUGAGGAGGACCUGGAGGAAAUGGACAAACCAGCUGGUAUGAGCCCCUGGGCUCAAGAUGGGAAGCUCUGGAGGAAGCCAAAGGCCAAGGAAGGCACAUGUGAGUCACUGCACUAGCAUCGGCCCUCCGUGUCCCCAGUGGGCUGGCUGUGGGUCCUGUUGCAUCUGCGGGACCUCCCUGCCUAAUGAAACAGGAAUAAAAGACAGGAAUAAGAUCAAGAACCCCCAGUAGUUCCCAGCCCAUCUCUGGGCCAUUGCUGUGCAGUGAAACUUACCCACUUCUUACAGUUUUGUUUGUUUGAAUAGAAGAACCUUUUUUAAAAGAUAAAUUUUUAUUCCUUCUAGAUCCCCCCACGCCCCCACCUCACAUCCUAUUUCAGCCGCCCUGUUUAUGUGGUAGAAUUUUUCUGAGAUGCAUGACCAUCCUUGGGGUGGAAGGUGGGCAGGAAAUUCGGGAACGCUUUUUAAAUUUAUUAGGCACACCCCACGCUGAAUGUGUGUCUGCGUGUGUGUGUGUGUGUGUGUGUGUGUGUGUGUGUAUGUGUGUUUUCUCUUAUUUGACUCUCCCUUCUUUGAAUCUAACAUAGAGUAAGCAAAGCUGAAUCUGGAAAGCAAACUGUUGUAUAUAGUUGCGGUAACAAUCAUGAAGAGCUGGGCUGUCCCCUCAGUAAUUCAUCUUCAACAAUUAAAAAAAAAUGGUUGGAAAUUAAAUUCAUGCCCGGACCAGCUGAAGAGCCCUCCCUUGCUCCCCACCAGAGGCCCCCCAAUCUGGAUCCAAUGUCCAUCGGCAUGUCUCCCCCCAGCAAGAUUCAUCUGUUCAAUGCCAUUUGCGUUUCAAUAAAGUUAUUUCCUGUAUUGUCACUGGUUCUCUCUA